AAUUUAUUAAUUUAUAAAUUUCAUCUCUUAUCAAUCAUCAAAAAUUCAGUAAUAAUGUCUUUACCUGGAAAUAAUGACAUCAAUAAUGAACGUGUGAAGGUAAAUGAAGCAUAAAUAUCCGGAUAUUUUGAUUUUCGAGCAUCAUUCUUUGCAGGGGGGAGGAUACAGUCAGUAAUAAUGAUCGUGGAAGUGAGGGCAUCAUUAUUUCGUCAUUAUUCAGUUCAAGAACAUUACAUAUUUCAAGAACAGCUGUACUUAUUGAAGCCGGUGACAUUACAAUUGAAAACUUCAAAUCCUCAUAGCUUCUUCCCGUGGCUAGGUAUCUCAGAGUUGAACCCAAUCUUUCAUAACCGUAUUUUUCGUGUUAGAACUGGUUGGUUCAUUCGCGAUAAUUUAUUGAAAGUGUCGUCAUUCAUACGAAAAUAAUUUUUAUAAUCACCCACUUCCUUCGUGUCACUAAUAUCCUUCAGUAACACUAAAUGUGAAUAAUUUUCGCGUUUUUUAUCAAUUCCUUUAUCCAGUAACAACAUUUAACAGAACGGUUCACACUCAAUGCAAUAAUUAUAGCUGGACAUGUGUCUUUCUUUCUUUCAUAAUCGAUGAAAACACAGUCUAUGUGAACUCUACGCCACUCGAAACAUAAUAAUGGUGAAAGAAUAAUAUCAGUUAUAAUGAACCUGUAAGGUGCGGAAAAUAAUGACAGGGAACAGGGAAUGCCGGUAAAAUUUUUAGUAAAGCUGUUUCUGCAAUGAUCUGCUGGAAUGACAUUAUUACUGAACGUGUAAUGGCCCUUUUUGAUUGUCGAACAUCAUUCUUAGCAGAGAGAGGGGAUACAAUCAGUUAUAAUGAUCGUGUAAUGUAAAGCGAGGGCAUCAUUAUUUCGUCAUUACUCAGUUCAGUACUUCAGUGAGCAUUGUGGAAGUAAGAUGGAAGGAUCUGGGGCUAGUGAAACUGAAAGUGAACACACCGAAAACGACGUGGUUGAUGUACGGCUAAGCGAGGUGUCUGCUGAACAGCAGACAGAAGAGAUAUAUGAUUCAACGAGGGAAGAAAUUCUUCGUAAUUUCAUAGAAACUUAUGAAAGCCUUCCCGAAUUAUGGAAUUCGUCACUUGAUAUUUAUAAGAACAAAACAAAAAGAAACGCAGCUCUAAAAAAGUUGUUGGUCAUUUACAAAAAAUUGAAACCAGAAGCAAAGCUUCCUGACGUCAGGAGAAAAAUAAACACGUUGAGGUCGAAUUACCGUAAAGAACUGAAAAAAAUUGUUACAUCGAAGCGAUCCCGAAAUGGUACGGAUGAAGUAUAUAAACCGUCUUCGUGGGUAUUCUACGCUUUAGAAUUUCUCUGCACAUGGAAACAACCUGUCAACGCAAGCACUUCGUUCCAUGAGUCUGUACCUGAUAAUGAGUCACAAAAUGCAGAUAAAGAUAGUAAUACUCCAUCACAAGCACCACAGAAUGCAGGACCGUCUCGAUCAUCAAUUACGCUGGCGCCAUUUGCACCACCACCUAAAAGAGUUCGAAAAGUUGGGCACCUUGCCAAACAGAAUGAACUCCUAUCCAUGACUUGUACAUAUCUUCAGAAGGCAAAAGAACCUUCUCGAGAUAGUGUCUGUGCAGUAAUAAAAGUAUGGAGUGAGAAGCUACAAACACUGGAAUACCAACAACGUUUAUUUGCUGAAAAGGCAAUAAAUGAUAUCUUGUUUGAGGUUACUAUGGGAAAUCUACACAGAUACUCCGUAAGAAUAAAUGAGGACACCUAUCCACAAAGAAAUGCCUCUGUUUAGCUUCAUCAACUACAAAAGCUAAGGAAGAAUUGUCACAUGUUGGAGAUGAACUGAGGACAUUUUAUACUAAUUUUACACCCUUAUAAUUUUUUUCUUCAGUUUUAUUUUGUAAAUCACCAGCAUACG